AUGGAAUAAUUAGCUUAAGAAUUAAAAAGAAAGAAUAUAAUUACAACAGAAAUAGUUUAAAUUAAAGAGGAUUAAAACAAAUUAGCUUUUAAAAAACUUGAGGAAAAUAUUAGUGAUGAUGAGUGUAAGUAAAUAAAUGAAGUAGCAAAAUAUUAUAAAGACGAUUUGCAUUUCUUAGGUCUACAACUUUGGUAAAAUAGCAUCAAACUGUCGUAAAUUUCCAUGAUACUUAAGGAUAUAGGAAUGAUGCAUUAGCUGAAUAAUUUAUAAAUAGAUAUAAGAUAAAACAAAAUAGGUAAAAAUGGAGUUGAAUCUUUAACAAAUUUUAUUAAGCUAUAAAAAAACUUAAAAACUUUGGGUUUAAGUUUAACUAAAAAUUUAAUUGGCGAAUAGGGAGCAUAGAUGAUUGGUUAUUGUUUAUAGGAUUUACCUCAAUUAGAAUCGCUCGAGAUAUUUUUAACAGAUAAUGUUGUAGGUUAAGAUGGAUUUUCAAUAUUGAUGAGUGGAGUAGAAAAUUUGGAAAAACUUAGUAGAUUUAUAAUGAGAGCAUAGAAUUGUAGGAUAAAAGAUGUAGGUGCCAAUUCAAUGUUCUAUAUUCUUUCUAAAAAGAACACUUUGAAAGAAUUAAUUAUAAAUUUAGAUGCUAAUAGCCUUACAAAUGCAAUAGUUGAAGACUUUUAAUAGAUGAUGAAUAACCUACAAAGUAAUCUAAAUGUAUUUGAGUUAAGUGUUUGCUAGAAUGGCUUAACCACUGAGGGAAUAAAGUCUAUUAUGGAAUAUGCUGUCAAACCAUAAAAUUUAGAAAGACUAAGACUCUUUUUAUGUUUUAACAUCAAUACUUCUCCAUAAUUUUUCCCCAAAGAGCUAGGGCUUUUAUCUAAGUUAAAGAUCCUUUCUCUUGGAUUUGAGGAUAUGCUUAUAGGAGAUAUAUAAGCAAAGGAAAUAUUUGGGGCUAUCAGUUAACUAGAGAAUUUGCACACUAUGAUCAUACAUUUAGGAUAAAAUGUGAUAUCAUCAAAGAGUUAUUUAGAAUUUUAGAAAAUGAUACUAUAACUCUAGUAUUUAACACUAUUUUAUUAUGAGUUCAGAGAUAAUAAUAUUAUGAUUAGAAAGCAUGAGUUAAAUAAGAUAAAAAAGUAUGUUUAUGAUAAAUAUGCUAACGUGCUAAGUGCAAUAGCUUAUGAAAAAUUUAUAAAAUAAUAACUAAUAUAUAAGUCCGAUUUUUCACAUUGGGAUUUGUCAAUGGGCUGA